AUGCAUAAAUUGCGGCUGAAACUGGAAUCGUUCGCACCGCUUCAAGGGGAGUUGGAGAUUGUGGACCUGAACCAGUUGCACGCUUUCGAGAAUGUGUUUCAAAUUAUGGACAGUAAUUACAUUAAUGUUGUCGAAAAUGAUACUCAGAUGGCUGAGCAUCAUAAAAGGGUAUGUUAUCAAGGUUUUUGAUUAUUUUUUGGAAAAAAAGCAAAAUGUGAGAUUUGGUGUAGGUUUUGUUAAAUUUCUUGGCCAUUAUUACCUAAAUUUGAUGUAUUAUUGCAUUAUUUAUCUUUAAAAUGAAGCAUGUUGUCACAUCCGUUCAUGUAAGUAAUAAUUUAAUAAAUUUUGCCUUUAGAAACUCUUCCUUAUUCUUGCCGAAGCCCACAAGUUCUUCUACACCAGUUGUGCCAAGGUGAUAUUGUCCGAGUUCGUUAAGAAAUCAUGUCGAUUCGAUCGAGAUAGUUAUGUCAAGCUCAAUAAAUCGGAAAGGAAGAGGAUACGUAAAGGAUUGUGUGGCAAAGAGAGUGGGUUUUAUAAGGAAUGUAAGAUCUACAUUGAUCACAAAACUGAUUUUUAUGAAAUUUCGUCCGUGGACUUGUUUUUGUAUCGAAAAAUGAUUGUACCACGGCUGGAAAGGCUUGUUGUUGUUGAUGCGGAUCUAAAUUUGGUGAUGAAGAUUAUUUUGGAAGGUAUGUUGGGGUAUUUAUUAUUUAGUUGAGGUAUAUAAUAUUGCUUUUGAUGUUAGGUUUUUGCGGUUUGUAAAUAUUUUAAAGUAUUUUUUGGUAUUUGAAUGAAUUUUAAAGGAGUUUUAUUGGAUUUUCAUUGAAUUUAGGACAUUUUAUACAGUUUAAGCUGUUUUAGCUUAAGUUUUGGCUAAAUUUCAGCUGUUUCCACGAUCUACUUUCAACUAACAUGCAAAAUAAUUCAUUCAAAUCAGAUUUUUCCUCUUGCCAGAUGCUCACCGAUCCGAAAUCACGAAAUAUUGGCCAAAUAUGGUUACGAAUUUGCAUAUCUACCUAAACUUUACCUCGCACAACUACCCGAUACCCUGUUUGGCACCUCCUUGAAUAUAAUCGUAGCCACACCAACUAAUGAUAACAAAAAUGAGAAGAAAUUCGUUCACCGUCGGCUACACAAAAUACCGUGCGAUGAGAAUGCGGACCAAGAUGCCGACUUCAGCUACAACGUCAAUCCGAAAGAGAAUGUCAAGUUGAGGUUGAUGAAGCUUCAAGAUGCGGUUCACUACGCUCCAAAUGAAGAACCACUUGAAGAUCAAGCUGAAUUGAACAGAGUUGGAGCCCUGGACUUUCUGCUGGAUUACUUUGAAGCAAAGCCCCGGUUCCAAGAGUUUGAGUUGAAGUUGGACGGAUUGAUAUACAGUCAGUUCAACAAUCUCGAAAAUCAAUGGCCAUAUGCGUUUACUUUGAAUGACAUCGAGUUUAGAUUACUCAUGGUUGUGGACAGUAAAAUGGUGAGUGUUUGGAAGGUUUUUGAAAUUUUCUAAUUGAAAAUGGUAUUGAAAUGAUUUUUUUGGUGAAGAUAGGCAGGACCGGGAGUUAGGGGGUGCCAAGAAAGAUUUUAGGUAAUAUCAUUAUUUUUAGGCCUAAAUUGCAUCUUCAAGCCUAAACUUUUAUUUUUGAGCCUAAAAUUUUGUUUUUAAGGCAAAAGUUUUUUUAAGGUUAAUAUUUCAUUUCUUAUCUCAAAAUGUUAUUUUUAAGCCUAAAAACCUGUCAUUUUAAGUUCAGCUCUCCCAAAACCCACUUGUCGAUCUCACCUUGUACACUGCCACUCACUACCUCACCAUCCUUCGCCAGAACUCGAAUUUAAAGUCGGCCGAAAUUGUGGUGGCCAACAUUGUCCAAAUGCCAGAGUUCGACUACGGCGACCUCUUCACCUUGUACUCGAACGCCAAGCCAACAAAGCCCACCGCCGAACUAUGGGCCGACCCAGGGAACGCGUGGUUCACGACUUACUUCAAGCCCAACUCGUUCUACCAGGAAUGGCAUAUGCCUCCGGCUUCUUAUAAGAAACCGUAUCGGAUGGGAGAUGACGUUGAGGAUUACAUGGACAUGCUCAAAGUGGACGAUUACUUGGAUCAGAGUUGUGGUGAUGUUGAUGAUAGGCCGUUCACGCUCAGAUUCUUGCAGUAUAAAAAGUAA